GCCAGACGUAGCCGGACGCCAAGCCGAACAACGCUUGCGAAGCAAGUCCGGCAAGUCGUUCUUCCAUCGUCUCCGUUGGCGCGGGUUUUUCAAUGGAAUAUUUGUAGCGUUUACAUCUCCAUAUCUUCCCUUUUUCUCCGGUAACCUCCGACGCCAAGAUGAGUUACGCUCAGGUGCACCACGACAUCAUGAGCCUGAUGUUUUCCAACUUGGCGACGGAGUACGAAAUACAGAAAGCGAUAUCGUCCGGAACGUUGAUCGAGCUCCACGCGUUCUUCCGGGCUCCGCUGAAGCCGGCCCUGAAGCUCAUCGACGGACGUCGCGUGAAACGUAUGCGAAGCCGCAGCGGCAGGAUCGCGUUUCAAGUGACCGGGGAAGCCAAGAUCUCGUACACCUGCUUGCAGGAGAGCAACUUUUGUAGCUGCUACUCCUACCUGCACCAAGUACUCAGGAAACAGGAAAUCCCAAUGUGCAAGCACGUACUCGCUGCCAGGCUUGCCGUGGCACUUGGCAAGUGCGAGGAAGUGGACUGCUCCGACGACACCAUGAUAUUCGUGCUGCAGAACCUGUUCUGAUGUGCGUGCAGUAUGCAAGCGUGUUUUUGUAGAUGGUAGCCAGUUCACAACAAAACCCUGCCUCUGUAGCAUAUAAUUUGUUAUGAAUAUGAAGGUGUGGAGCUUAAAUUUUGAGCAAGAUCUCCAACUUUGAACAGUUGUCAAAAUACAAGUGGGAAUAUUGACACAAUAUUACAAAGAGACCCAAUCUAUCAGUCUCAAAUAUUAAGAGGAAAAAAAAAAAAACAUGCUCGGGGUUGUGUUUUGUUGAAAUUUAUUAUAUAAAGUGUACAUCGACACAUAUUUGUUCUGUAUUUUAUAUUAAAGGCAUGCAAUCAAAAUCGUCAACCACUAAGCACCCAAAAAAGUACAUAUAGAAAUAAAGUAUGCUGCCUCGGAAAUGUC